AUGACAAACGUAACCACAAUGAGUGGAUUCCUUCUCAUGGGAUUUUCUGACAUUCGUGAGCUGCAGAUUUUACAUGCUUUGCUGUUCUUGGUGAUAUAUCUAUUGGCCUUGGCAGGUAACCUCAUCAUUAUCAUCAUCACCACGUUGGACCAGCAUCUCCAAUCCCCAAUGUAUUACUUCUUGAAGCACCUUUCCGUUCUGGACCUCUCCUUCAUUUCUGUCACGGUCCCCCAGUCCAUUGACAAUUCUCUGAUGGAUAAUGGCUAUAUUUCUCAUGGCCAGUGCAUAGUCCAGGUUUUCUUCUUCACAGCCUUGGCUUGGGGUGAGGUGGUCAUUCUCACAGCAAUGUCUUAUGACCGCUAUGCAGCCAUCUGCUUCCCACUGCAUUACGAGGUCAUCAUGGAUCCUAGUAAGUGUAAGUGGGCUGUGAUAGCCGUAUGGCUAAGCGGAAGCAUCUCUGGAAUCUUGUACACAACAACCACAUUCUCCAUCACAUUCUGUAAGGUCAAAAUAAUCCACCAGUUUUUCUGCAACAUCCCCCAAUUGCUAAAGCUCUCCUGCUCCAAUGAUUAUCUUGGAGCGAUUGGAGUGGCUGCUUUCAUAGCUGUGAUGGCAUUCAUCUGCUUCACCUCCAGUGUCCUGUCCUAUAUCCACAUCUUCUCCACAGUUCUAAGAAUACCCUCUGCUGAGGGCCGAUCCAAGGCCUUCUCUACUUGCCUGCCCCACCUCUUCGUUUUCUCAUUUUUUCUCUCCACAGGUAUGUUUGAGUUUCUAAAACCAACUUCAGAUUCUCCAACUGUUUUUGACCUUAUGAUUUCUAUCUUUUACACAGUAAUGCCCCCAGCACUCAACCCUAUUAUCUACAGUCUGAGGAAUGAGGCCAUCAAGGGAGCUUUCAGAAAGUUACUGUUGGGUGGAGAAUUCACCAGGAAAAAAAUAUUUUUCUCCCAUUGUUGA